AAAUAAAAUUCUUGCAAGAAGAAUUAUAGAAAAUACUUCAUCAACUUAGUAAGUCGAGAGCGGAAGGAUGGAAAAGCAAUUAAGGAAAUUAUGAAAAAACUUUGUCAAUUCAUGAACCAACUAAAUUUAUAGAAGAAGAAGUUAUAAUUAUGAGAUAAGGAGGAAAAUAAGAGAGGAAAAUUAUAAGAAGACCUUUGGAUGAAGAUGAGAAUAUAGAAGAAGGAGAACAACUUUUAGAAGAUCUAGGUGAAGGUUAUUAUGUAGUUUCUAGAAAGAUUGUUGAUAAUGAUUUAUCUCUUACUUCUUCAAAGUGGAAGAAGAAUAAUGAUGGGAAUUAUGAAUAAUCAUUGGGAGUUGAACCAUCUUAGUAUAUUACAGAAGAAGUCUUAUAGUUUAAUAAUGAAACAGGAAUGAUGGAAAGAAAACUAGUAAGAAAACCUUAUUUUGGAGGAAAAGUACAAGAAGGAGAUUCAUUAAAUGAAGUAGAUAAGAAUGGAAACAAAGUGCUUUCACGUAAAAUAGAAUCCAAUCUUUAACCUAAAGAAAGCAAAUAAUAAUGGUAGAAUGUUGGUAAAUAAGAAGAGAUCAUCCUAAAUUCAGAAGAACCAGAACAAUUUAUUGAAGAAGAAAUCAUUUAAAUCAAUCCAAAAACAGGAAAAUUAGAGAGGAAAAUUGUAAGAAAACCAUUAAACAAUGAAGAAAUAGAUAAUUUAUAGAUAGGAUAAAACUUAGAAGAAGAUUUAGGAAAUGGUAAAUAAGUAAUUUCAAGGAAAAUCGUUUAAAAUGAUCAAUCAAAUUAAGCCUUGAAAUAACAAGGUUGGAUCAAAAAUAAUGAUGGAAAUAUGGAAAUCAAAUUUCAACCAGAACCUGUUAAAUAUGUUGAAGAAGAGAUAUUAAUUUAAGGUGAAGAUGGAGUUGUUUAAAGAAAACUAGUUAGAAGACCUUUCUUACCUUAAGAUAAUAAAUUAUAAACAGGAGCUGUGAUAGAAUAAGAUUUAAAUGGAAAUAAAGUAGUCUCAAGGAAGAUUGUAUCAAAUAAUAAACCAGUUGAUUCAACCUGGGUUUAAUUGAAUAAUGGAUAAUUAGAGAAAAUAGUUUCAUAGGAAGAACCUGAAGCAUAUAUUGAAGAAGAAAUCAUCAUAAUAAACCCAAAAACAGGUAAACAAGAGCGUAAAUUGGUUAGAAGACCUUAUGAAAAUGAUGAAGAAAUUGGGGAUUAAUUAAAUGAAUCAAUAGGUAAUAACUAAAAAGUUGUGGCUCGAAGAAUUGUACAAAAUGAUAGUUCUUUAAAUGAAUGGAAGAAAAAUUAGAAAACUGGAUAAUUAGAAAAAGUAAUUGUUUAGAAUGAACCAGCCAAAUAUAUUGAGGAAGAAGUCUUAGUAAUGAAUGAAGAGACAGGAAAGAUGGAAAGAAAAUUAGUAAGAAAACAGUAUUAACCUGAAAAUGAUUCAUAUGGAAAUAAAAUUCUUGCAAGAAGAAUUGUUGAAAAUACUUCAUCAACUUAGUAAGUUGAGAAGGAAGGCUGGAAAAGUAAUUAAGGAAAUUAUGAAAAAACCUUGUCAAUUCAUGAACCAACCAAAUUUAUAGAAGAAGAAGUUAUAAUUAUGAGACAAGGAGGAAAAUAAGAGAGGAAAAUUAUAAGAAGACCAUUAGAUGAAGAUGAGAAUAUAGAAGAUGGAGAACAACUUUUAGAAGAUUUAGGUGAAGAUUGUUUGAUAAUGAUUUAUCUCUUACUUCUACUAAGUGGAAGAAGAAUAAUGAUGGGAAUUAUGAAUAAUCAUUGGGAGUUGAACCAUCUUAAUAUAUAACAGAAGAAGUCUUAUACGUUUAAUAAUGAAACAGGAAUGAUGGAAAGAAAACUAGUAAGAAAACCUUAUUUGGGAGGAAAAGUACAAGAAGGAGAUUCAUUAAAUGAAGUGGAUAAGAAUGGAAACAAAGUGCUUUCUCGUAAAAUAGAAUCCAAUCUUUAACCUAAGGCAAGCAAAUAAUAAUGGUAGAAUGUUGGUAAAUAAGAAGAGAUCAUCUUAAAUUCAGAAGAACCUGAACAAUUUAUUGAAGAAGAAAUCAUUUAAAUCAAUCCAAAAACAGGAAAAUUAGAGAGGAAAAUUGUAAGAAAACCAUUAAAUAAUGAAGAAAUAGAUAAUUUAUAGAUAGGAUAAAACUUAGAAGAAGAUUUAGGAAAUGGUAAAUAAGUAAUUUCAAGGAAAAUCGUUUAAAAUGAUCAAUCAAAUUAAGCCUUGAAAUAACAAGGUUGGAUCAAAAAUAAUGAAGGAAAUAUGGAAAUCAAAUUUCAACCAGAACCCGUUAAAUAUGUUGAAGAGGAGAUAUUAAUUUAAGGUGAAGAUGGAGUUAUUUAAAGAAAACUAAUUAGAAGACCUUUCUUACCUUAAGAUAAUAAAUUAUAAACAGGAGCUGUGAUAGAAUAAGAUUUAAAUGGAAAUAAAGUAGUCUCAAGAAAGAUUGUAUCAAAUAAUAAACCAGUUGAUUCAACCUGGAAAAUAGUUUCACAGGAAGAACCUGAAGCAUAUAUAGAAGAAGAAAUCAUCAUCAUAAAUCCGAAAACUUAGAAAUAAGAAAGGAAAUUAAUCAGAAGACCUUUGACUCAAUCAGAAGUAGGUGUAAAUUGGAGAAAAUGCUUUAACGAAUUAGGUGAUGGCACUAGAAAAGUGGUUGCUCGAAGAAUAGUCUCUAAUGAAUAAUCUUCAUGGAUCCUAAAUUGA